AUGGCGCAGAGUGGCGCAAAUGUGCUCGGAAACAUACUAAAGUUUAACACAAACAAGCAUAAGAAUGUGGCCUCUAACAAUGUGAGUAGCCAGAUGGGAACGCAGACCGUGGGGGAAAUUCUGGACAAAGGCAACCCCCAGUUUAAGUACUGCCCCUACUUGAAGCCCAUGGACAUAAAAGGAAUCAAGAGGGCCGACCGGAAGUUUGACUACAACAGCAGCUACUCAUUUAUGCUGGGGAAGAAUGAUUUUUCAGCAAAUCCGCAAAACAUGAACUUCAUCGCGCACUUGUUGUACAACGGCAUGAAGGUCCCCCUACCCCCCAGCAGAUACAAGUUGGCACAAUAUGUGGACGUUAGGCUGGAUGCCUUUUCCCCUUUUAUAAUUACCUGUGUGAUAUGCUUCCCGUUUUUUUUUACGGACUUCAUGUAG